AUGGCCCUGAUACCUCGUCCUCGACUAUGUGGACUGAUUUAUGUGUGUAUUUCUCUUUCUGAACUGGGGCCACUGACAGUGGUUGACCCUGGCAGUAGCACACAGGAGUUUGGGGAAGAAUGCAGGCUGGCCACAGUGGAAGGUGGUGAGGGUGAUGGAGGCGUGGUGGAUGGGGAUGCAGGUGUGGUGGAUAGGGAUGGUGAUGCAGGCAUGGUUGCAGCUGCGGGGGCUCGAGUUACCAACCUUCUCCCUCUGCGGAAACCAAGUGAGAAUAACACCAGCACGUACAAUGGUGAACCUGAUAGUACAGAAAGAAAUGACACAUCACACAUAAUCUCAGAGCAAAAGUUGAAACCAGACCUGGAAACAGAGCGUGUGCUUGAACAGUACAGCUUGCGUCCAAGAAAAGAAGAAAAGAAAAAAGAAGAGAUAUAUUCAGAGAAAAAGAUAUUUGAGACAAUAAAAGCAGUUGAGAAAGUACCAUCGAAAACAAAGGAUCUAGAGUUUGGUGGAAGAAUUGGGACCUUCAUGCUGAUAUUUUUCCUGCCUGCUACUGUAUUCUACUUGCUGUUGAUGUGCAAACAAGAUGACCCCAGUUUUAUGAACUUCCCUCCUCCUCUACCAGCACUUGAAAGUCUUUGGGAGACCAGGGUGUUUGGUGUUUUUCUUCUGUGGUUUUUCCUGCAAGCUCUGUUUUACUUACUGCCAGUUGGGAAGGUUGUAGAAGGCCUGCCUCUUCCAGAUGGAAGGAAACUGCAGUACCGGAUAAAUGGGUUUUAUGCGUUUCUUCUGACUGCUGCAGCUAUUGGAACUUUAUUAUUCUUCCAGUGUGAACUUCAUUACGUGUAUGAUCACUUCAUGCAUUUUGCAGUAUCAGCUGCAGCCUUUUCUAUGGUGUUGAGCAUUUAUCUGUACAUUCGGUCCCUGAAAGCACCUGAGGAAGACCUAGCACCUGGUGGAAAUUCUGGGUAUUUGGUUUAUGAUUUUUUCACUGGACAUGAAUUAAACCCCCGUAUUGGCAGUUUUGAUCUCAAAUACUUCUGUGAGUUGCGUCCAGGAUUAAUUGGCUGGGUGGUUAUAAACUUGGCAAUGCUUCUGGCUGAGAUGAAGAUAAACAAUCAAAGCACGCCGUCUCUGUCAAUGGUACUUGUGAACAGCUUUCAGCUUCUCUAUGUGGUGGAUGCUCUUUGGAAUGAGGAGGCUAUUUUGACUACAAUGGAUAUUACCCAUGAUGGAUUUGGAUUCAUGCUAGCAUUCGGAGAUCUGGUGUGGGUUCCGUUUGUCUACAGCCUGCAGGCCUACUAUUUAGUUGGCCAUCCUACUCCAAUUUCUUGGCCUGUUGCUGCUGCAAUUACUAUUCUGAACUGUGUUGGAUAUUACAUAUUCCGUAGUGCAAAUUCUCAGAAAAAUAAUUUCCGAAGGAAUCCAGCAGAUCCCAAAUUGGCCUUUCUGAAAUUUAUACCCACUGCCACUGGAAAAGGGCUUCUUGUCACGGGAUGGUGGGGCUUCGUUCGUCACCCUAAUUAUCUUGGUGAUAUCAUCAUGGCUUUAGCAUGGUCUCUACCCUGUGGUUUUACUCACAUUUUGCCAUAUUUCUACGUGAUCUAUUUCAUCUGUUUGCUUGUCCAUCGAGAAGCUCGUGAUGAACAUCACUGUAAGCAAAAAUACGGCCUGGCGUGGGAAAGGUAUUGUCAGCGUGUACCGUACCGCAUCUUUCCUUACAUCUACUAA